AUGGCGCAUAAAUCAGGACUCACCUCUCCACCGCCUCCACCCAUCCUCGUCUCAGAGUCGGUUCCUGAGAAGCAGUGGGAAAAUGCCACCUGGCUGGUGACGGAGUUCAUGCUGGUGGGUUUCUCCACCUUCCCAGGCCUGAGGACCACCCUCUUUGCACUGUUCUUCCUCACAUACUUGGUUACCCUGAGUGGCAAAGUCACCAUCAUCACCAUGAUACAUGCGGAUCGGACCCUGCACACUCCCAUGUACCGCUUCCUGGCCGUGCUGUCCCUCUCUGAGACCUGCUACACGCUGGUCACCAUCCCCAAUAUGCUGGCUCAUCUGCUCAUGGAGAGUGGAGCUAUCUCCAUCCCUCGCUAUUGGGCUCAGAUGUUCUUCUUCCUGGGCCUGGGACUCAGCCACUGCUUCCUCCUUACCCUGAUGGGUUACUACCGCUGCGUUGCCGCCUCGAACGCGUGGAGCAUUCUUCUGCGACAGCACCCGGUCCUGAAGCUCAGCUGCCCGGGGAGUGCCAGCAAAGCGCUGGCCAUCUUCUUCCUGACUAUCCUCGUGGUGCUGGUCUCCUUCCUCCUCAUCCUCCUCUCCUACACCUUCAUUGUGGCCGCCCUCCUGAGGAUGCCCUCAGCAGCCAGCUGGCACAAGGCCUUCUCCACCUGUGCGGCCCACCUCGCUGUGGUCAUUGUGCAUUUUGGCUGCGCCUCCAUCAUCUACCUGAGGCCUGAGUCCAGAGGAAACCAGGACCAGGACCACCUGGUGGCUGUGCUCUACACGGUGGUGACACUGCUGCUGAACCCGGUGGUAUACACUCUGCGCAAUAAAGAUGUGAGGGUGGCAUCGAGGAGGACCCUGGCGCGAAGCCGCGGAGUUUUAAAAAUAAACACUCGUCCUAAGUUCUGGCCCUAG